AUGCGGUCAGUUGUAAUAUUAUUUAUAAUAUACAAUUUCCUAAAUGGAGAAUUUGUUAAGUGCCAGCAAAACGAAUCAAGCUUCAAAUAUAGUGAAGAAUUUGAAAAUUUUAAGAUAUUUAACAAUAAAAGUUAUAGACGUGUCUACGAUGAAAUCCGAAGCUAUAAAGCAUAUGAAGUGAAUCAAGAAAUUGUCGACAAGCACAAUAAAGAUUACGAAAAUGGGAAAAGCAGCUUUAGAUUAUCUACAAACACAAUGGCAGAUAUGACCACGAAUUCGUAUCUGAAAGGUUACCUACGACUAUUAAAAAAUCAGCCGAAUUCAACAUUGGAUAAUAUGUCCGAUGUGGUCGGAUCAACGCUUAUGAAUAAUGUUCCAGAUAGUUUUGACUGGCGCAAAAAAGGCUUUAUCACAACAUCGCAUAAUCAAGAAACCUGCGGAUCUUGUUAUGCCUUCAGUAUAGCUCAAAGUAUAGAAGGACAGAUUUUCAAGCGAACUGGCAAAAUACUGGACUUGAGUGAACAGCAAAUUGUGGACUGCAGUAUACCCUAUGGCAAUCGAGGCUGUACGGGUGGAUCAUUGCGGAAUACCCUGAAAUAUCUACAGGCCACAGGGGGUCUCAUGAGAGCUCUAGAUUAUAGAUAUGCCUCAAAGAAAGGGAAUUGUCAAUUUGUAAAAGAACUGGCUGUUGUCAAUGUGACAUCUUGGGCUAUUUUGCCGCCAAAUGAUGAAAAUGCAAUACAAGCAGCAGUUGCUCAUAUUGGUCCAAUUGCAGUCUCUAUAAAUGCCACUCCAAAAACAUUUCAAUUAUAUAGUGAUGGAGUAUAUGAUGACAUCUCCUGUUCAUCAGCUUCUGUAAAUCACGCAAUGCUAGUGAUUGGAUUCGACAAAGACUAUUGGAUACUAAAAAACUGGUGGGGAGAAAGAUGGGGGGAAGCCGGACUUAUGAGACUCCGCAAAGGUAUUAACUUAUGUGGUAUUGCGAAUUACGCUGCCUACGCCAUAGUUUAACUUGUAAUUAUAAAAAUACAGUCUUAAUUAUCUUUUAUAAUAAAAAGCAAUGAUUAUUUUCCGAUGAA